UCCACUUAAUGCUGGCAUCAAAAACAGCUUUUGAUAUUGUAAAAGUCAUAUAAACUGCUUGGGUCUGGACCUUUUGAUUUCCGAGGGUACUCGACGUAUUCACGGCGCCUUGAAGAUCUUGCGAGAGAGAAAAGACCAAUCAUUCCACCAUGGACCCACCCAUACCCAUUUGAUCCCUUUCAUAGUCGCGGUCCAUGAAGCAUGCAUCACCAACGAACCUUACACAAUAGCAACCUUUCUGCCACCCUUGGAUCUUACAGUGAUGGCAAAUUAGUGGACGGAUCGAGUCAAAGAAGUCAUAGCCGGAACUCGCUUCAUUAUAAUGCAACUAGCAUCUAAUCCCCAAACGGGGAAGGGGGUAGUUGCAGGUAUAGUUUCCCUCGAUAUGCCCAUUUCGCAGACUGGGCCGUUCCGUUCCAUGGUGGAAAAGUUACUGGUUUUGCCGGAGUACAGAAACAUGGGUGUUGCGAAGAGGCUGAUGACGAAGCUCGAGGAGGUCGCUUUGGGUGCUGGGAGACCUUUGAUUGUACGUGGCAUUGUGGUUACAGUGGUUAAGUGAGGAUUGAAGCUAAUGAGAGAGUAGUUGCUGGAUACUGUAACGGGGAGUCCUGCUGAACUUGUGUACCCAAAACUUGGAUACACGUUUGUAGGUUUGCCUCUUCCCUAAUUUUCAUGCGAAAAUUUAUGGCUGAUGGGUUUAAUAGGUGGGAGUUAUACCUGAUUAUGGGAUUUCUCCAAAGGAUGGCAGUUUGGGAGGAGCAACGCUUUUUUAUAUGGAUCUGCGGCGAGGUAAUCAGGAAUAGGAGGAUUGGUGUGUCUGAUCUAUUCAUUUGGUGGCAAGCGUGGGUUUCUUGGUGUUUGGAAUCUUGUCACAUGGAUUAAAGGCGUAGCACUUGUGGCUGGGAACAGAUGGUGGACUUGGAUUGGGCUCAGAUAGAACCAAAAGUCCUCAGAUUGUGAAAGAUAAAAUUGACCAGAUACAACCAUCCAUAGUCUUGAUUUUUCCCCUAAUCAAAACUCCAACUCCU